ACUGUAGCGGCCUUAGGUUGGACACACUAUUGAGGUGGUUAUACUAUACGUAGAUCAUUUUAAUUUUUUGCCUAUAUCAAAUAUGUUACGGAUUUGUGCAUUGAAUGAAGAAUCAGACGAUAGCUGCAGCAGUGAUGAUUCCCAAACCGCAGAAUCGAAACCCGAUGAGGAAACUAGCGUCAUGACUGAGUACCUGGAUGCGCUAAGAUUUAAAGACCAAAAUCAGCUGGAACAUGCCUUGGCUAUAUUUUUGAAAUUACUCGAUGUCGAAAUGCUAAAAAACAUAAGUGACUCCGGCAGCAAGCUAUACAUGAUAAAAUAUAACAGUCACCGUAAUAUCGGAUUAAUCUAUAAGGACAAAGGAGAUUCAAAUUUGGCAAUCGAACAUCUGAGUAAAGCAGUGGAGAUGGACGAAACAGACGUUCAUACUGUGUAUUGCCUGGGAAAGCUGGCUUUUGGUUCCGGACGGGUACACAUAGCAAAAAUAUGCUACGAAAAAUGUGUUGAACGAAAUCCAGAUCAUUGGCCGAGCAUAGAAGGGUUGCUUCAGGUGUUCUGUGUCACUGGUAACGUUAUAGAGGCUUUCUCCUGGGCCAUGCAUUGCUACAAGAAGGACAGCACGUACCCGGGAGCUCUCAACGUGCUAGCGGAAAUCAAGACACAUUUCUUCUCUACGGUGCCUUUUUUGGAGGAACUGUUCGACGUUGUAGUGCGAAAGGAUGAAAUGUUUAGCAAAUGUGCGGUAUCUUCAAAAAGGAGUUAUUUUCAUUCUAGAAUGAUGGAUAUUUCAUAAUUAGACAAUGAUGUAAACAAGGCUUUUUUACGCUCAUAUAAAUAAGUUAAAUUAAGCUAUUUAAAUUAUUAGUUUUGGAAAAUCAAUAAAAUUGAAGG